CAAUCGCUUCCUUCGCGCUUCCGGGUUCCGCCUCGCGCAGAAACGGACCGACAGAUCACUCGUCCCGGGAGCUCACCGGCGCUGCACCGCACUCGAGAUGGCCGCUCGGUUACCGGCAUGCGUUGUGGAUUGUGGCACAGGGUACACUAAACUGGGAUAUGCAGGAAACACAGAACCACAGUUCAUCAUCCCGUCAUGUAUCGCCAUCAAGGAGUCCGCUAAGGUUGGCGAUCAGGCUCAGCGCAGGAUGAUGAAGGGUGUGGACGAUCUGGACUUCUACAUCGGAGACGAGGCCAUCGAUAAACCCACCUACGCCACCAAGUGGCCCAUCCGGCAUGGGAUCGUGGAGGACUGGGACCUGAUGGAGCGCUUUAUGGAGCAGGUGAUCUUCAAGUACCUGAGGGCGGAGCCUGAGGAUCACUACUUCCUGUUGACGGAGCCGCCUCUGAACACGCCAGAGAACCGCGAGUACACGGCAGAGAUCAUGUUUGAGUCCUUCAACGUGCCGGGACUGUACAUCGCUGUGCAGGCGGUGCUCGCUCUGGCGGCCUCAUGGACGUCUCGUCAGGUGGGAGAGCGAACACUCACCGGAACCGUCAUCGACAGCGGAGACGGAGUUACUCACGUCAUUCCAGUGGCGGAGGGCUAUGUGAUCGGCAGCUGCAUUAAACACAUCCCCAUCGCCGGCCGCGACAUCACGUACUUCACCCAGCAGCUGCUGCGCGAGCGAGAGGUGGGCAUCCCUCCAGAGCAGUCGCUGGAGACCGCCAAAGCUGUGAAGGAGCGGUUCAGCUACGUGUGUCCUGACCUGGUGAAGGAGUUCAGUAAGUACGACACCGACGGCUCCAAGUGGAUCAAGCAGUACACCGGCAUCAAUGCCAUCAGCAAGAAGGAGUUCACCAUCGACGUGGGAUACGAGCGCUUCCUGGGGCCUGAGAUCUUCUUCCACCCCGAGUUUGCAAACCCAGACUUCACUCAGCCCAUCUCUGAGGUGGUGGACGAGGUCAUCCAGAACUGCCCGAUUGACGUGCGCCGCCCGCUCUAUAAGAAUAUUGUGCUGUCCGGCGGCUCCACCAUGUUCCGGGACUUCGGCAGGCGUCUGCAGCGAGACCUGAAGCGUACGGUGGACGCACGACUGAAGCUCAGCGAGGAGCUCAGUGGAGGAAAACUGAAGCCCAAACCCAUCGAUGUGCAGGUCAUCACACACCACAUGCAGAGAUACGCUGUGUGGUUUGGAGGAUCAAUGCUGGCCUCCACCCCUGAGUUUUACCAAGUGUGUCACACCAAGAAAGACUACGAGGAGAUCGGGCCGAGCAUCUGCCGCCACAACCCUGUGUUUGGAGUCAUGUCCUGAACAAACACACAGACACACACUCACGCACACACACACAUGCUUACACACGCACACACACACACAUACACACACACAGGAUGGUGCAGAUUGUUUCUAGUGUCGUCUGGUCAGGACGCUGCAGUCGUUCUCAGAGUAUAUCUUGUUUCUCCAGAUUUUACCGCGGUGUAGAACCCGAGCGCUUCAGUGUGAGUGUGUGUGUGAACUCUGAUCCGGCUGAUUACAGUCAUUACAGUCAUUGAGGUGUACAGAAUCACAUGUUGACGUGUGUGUGUGUGUGUGUGUGUGUGUGUGUGUGUGUGUGUGUGUGUGUCGCUCCAGCUGUGCUCUAUGUUCAUGAUCUCCUCAUCUGCUCAUUAAUCUCUGCUUCUGCUCAGUCGGACCCUCACCUCCACAUUCUGGAUUCCUCUGCUUUAUUCUUUCCUUCUGUGCGCUUUACCUGCGGCGUCAGGUGUUCAUCAGUCAUGUGACCAGCGCAGCAGUGUGUGUGUGCGCGUGUGAGCGCAGUAUUAGCAGAAUAAAGUUUUGAUAAACACACACACACACACACACACACGGGGGGAUUUAUAAGUGUAAUGGAGAAACAUUCCAAUAAAAGCUGAUGGUUUCUA